CCAGACUACAAUCCAUCACCAUGGAAUCCCCCGACCUUAUUGGGCUCAUCGUCGGCGCCUGUAUCCUCGCUGGCCUCAUCGUGGCCUUUACUAGAUCGCGCUUCAACAUAUGGGCGCGCCGCCAGCCCCGUGAUGGGCAGCGUUUCCACGACGACGAGCCUCUCGAGGAGGCAGAAGAGAUAGCCCUUCGGCAUCUCGAGACCCCAUGAAGUGAGCUAUUCCUGCUGUAAACCCUCGAGCUCUCGCGGCAGAGACGGUAGAGCUGACGCCUCGCC